AAAUGAGUUCCGCCGGAGCCCUUUUCUCUUUCACCAACUCUUAAAAACCGUUUGCUGACCCAAAGUGAUUCUUCUCUCUCUCUCUAAAACGCUACAAUAAAUAUCCAUUCUCUCUCUAAAAACCUAGAGAGAUACUUUUAUGUUUAUUUCCUGAAAUUGCUCAUCUUACUGUUCGUCAAGUUUCUUCAAAUUCACGAGAUCACUGCAGUGAAUUUCUGAGGCAAGCAUAUCUGUACAUGGCAGUUAGUUCUUGACAUCUUGUACUGGUAUAAGGAGGAAUUAUCAUUGGGGCCUAUGCUUUCUUUGAACAUUGCUGUAAAACUGUUGUUAUGCUUUCCCAGAUAUCAACAGGAGACAAUGUCUGCGAUUUUGGGCAGAGUUCAUAUGUCAUGGAUUCCAAUUACAUGACUGAAAACUUAUCUGUCUCUUUGCAAUCACCUCAAUCCUUUGAGAUAAGAUCUGCUGAUGUGUCUCAUAGAAUGGUCACACUUGAUGUUUCAGGGACUGAUGUUCUUGAGAAUGCUUCUGACUCAAUUAGCAUAACUGAGUUGUCACAAAAGGAGGAUGAUAAAGGCAAAGAUACUGUAAAAGCUGAUAUUGCUUCUGAAAGUGAAUGCCCUGACAAUGCAUGCAUUGCUCCUCGGAGAAGGAGUGGGCGCAACAGCAAGUUAAGCCAGAGUCUGGCUACAGUACCAGCAAGAAAUGGCAGGAGAAUAGCCAUUAAAAAAACAUCCAUAGAUCUUAGUUCUUUGCAGAUUACAAGAAAGAGAAGAAGCUAUUUCAGUAAACAAGCUCGUUCUUCGGUCUGGGGUUUGUUAGAAAAUACACUGCAAUCUUUUGAACGUAAUGUCAGGCUUGAGAUAGCUUCAGGGAAGCAGAAAAAUUUAAGAAUAGCAAAAAAGGGUUGUAGCGGAAAAGAGAAACAUGGUAAGAAUCAGAUUGGUCGAAAGUCACGAAAAUCAAAGGGUAAAAGUUCCAUUCCAACUGGCCCAAUUUCCUUGAAGGUGAAAUUUGGUCCACGUUAUCUGAUGGAUGUUAUUCCUCUUAUUGAUAAUGAUACUAACAAAAACUGUGCUGCUGGAGAAGAAUUGAAAAAAUUGCCCAAAAUUGCUAGCGAAGUUGAUGAUAGGUUUGGAGAGGAGGUAUUAAGCGUGCAGUUCCAUGGUUGCAAUGGAAAUUUGGAUAAUGACUAUGUUUCUUUAUCAGAAGGAUGCCAACCUGGAAAAAGCUCAGUUCAAGAUCCAGCUGCUAAGACUUUAGUUUGUCACGUUGAGUCACCUUCCCAGGAUGGAAGGUCGGUCAGUAACAGGUUUUUGGAUCCUGGAACUUCACCUGAUUCAGAAGUCAUCAACCUAAUUACUGAUACUCCAAUCGAUGUUCCAGAAGAGUUUCAUGAUUUGACUUUGUCUAAGCCAUGUGCUACUCCUGUGGAUGCUCCAAUUUUGAGGACGCAUGAGAAGAGCUGUAAAAAAGGAUGGAAAAAAGAGAGGCUCCCAAAGGUUUCCAAUUCUGGGGUGAAAGAUUUGCUUAGUCCAGAAAGCAUGAGCAGUGCACAAGUAUUUGGGAAUACCAUGCACGGAGAAAAAAAAAGGGAUGGUUUGUCUUGUUCUGAUACUUCUGUUUUAACUACAGCUGGUGGAACGGGCAACAUGUUCAGCACUGUGAUAUUUUCAGGAGAACUGCUUGGUUGUUCAGGAGUGUCAAACUUGGGAAUCUCGUGUGCGUCCUCAAAUCCUGAAAGUGAUCCAGAGGGAAAUCAUUGUUCUAGUGUUGGCACUGAGUCUCCAGAGUCAGGGUUGUCGGAGAAAUUGGUAUCCUCUCCUGAUGAGCGAAAAGUUUCUGAAGAGGGGAGACCGAAGGAAUUAGGAAAGAGCAGGCCAGAAGUCCCAAGUUUGUCAAAAGGAAGAGGUAGUAAAAAGAAAGGGAACAAAGAAAAGGAAAACAUUAUGCAUGAUGUGAAGCACAAAAGUGACCCUGUUAAGUGUUUAGGUGAAGUGAGACAGCACUCAGGAACAGAGAAUGGAAUAACAUCUGGGCUUGGACAAGUUGUCUCUGAAAAGAAAAGUUUAGAUGGAGGCAUUUCAAACUUGGACAUUCUGCAGAGUGAGAUAGGCGAGCGCCUCUUGCCACCAAGAAAUGCUUGGGUGCAGUGUGAUGAUUGCCUCAAAUGGAGGCGUAUACCUUCCUUGCUUGCUGAUCAAAUUGAAGAAACAAACUGCAGAUGGACUUGUAAGGACAAUCUGGAUAGAGCUUUUGCUGAUUGCUCAUUUCCCCAAGAGAAGUCAAACUCAGAAAUCAAUGCUGAGCUGGAAAUAUCAGAUGGCUCUGGUGAGGAAGAUGUUUCUCGUACACACUUGAAUUCGAAUGGAUCAGGAGAGAAGAAUCUACUUGUGGCCCAUCAAUCAUCUUGGAAUCGGAUCAAGUCUAAUUUGUUUCUUCAUCGCAACCGCAAAAGUCAACCUAUUGAUGAGAUCAUGGUCUGCCAUUGCAAGCCACCUUCAGAUGGUCGAAUGGGCUGUGGAGACGGAUGCCUGAACCGGAUUCUCAAUAUAGAAUGUGCUAAAGGGACUUGUCCUUGUAGAGAACUCUGUUCAAAUCAACAGUUUCAGAAACGCAACUAUGCUAAAUUGAAGUGCUUUAAAUGUGGAAAGAAGGGUUAUGGCCUACAGCUUCUCGAAAAUGUAUCAGAAGGGAAAUUUCUUAUUGAAUAUGUCGGGGAGGUGCUGGAUAUGCAUGUUUAUGAGGCACGGCAAAAGGAGUAUGCAUUGAAGUGUCAUAAGCAUUUUUAUUUCAUGACACUUAACGGCAGUGAGGUAAUUGAUGCAUGUGCUAAGGGGAAUUUGGGCCGUUUCAUCAAUCAUAGCUGUGACCCUAAUUGUCGUACAGAAAAGUGGAUCGUGAAUGGAGAGGUCUGCAUAGGACUCUUUGCUAUAAGGGACAUAAAGAAGGGUGAAGAGGUGACAUUUGACUACAAUUAUGUCCGAGUCUUUGGGGCUGCAGUAAAAAAGUGUGUAUGUGGUUCACCUAAUUGUCGGGGCUAUAUAGGUGGUGACCCGCUGAAUGCAGAAGUGAUUGUUCAGGAGGAUUCGGAUGAUGAGUAUCCUGAGCCUGUCGUGCUGCGCGAGGAUGCUAAAAUGGAUCAUAAAGAAGACAACAUUACAUGUGCUACAAGUACUAUUAAUUGUGCUAAAAUUAAAAUCCAACGGAAACGACCUAAAAAGAAAAACACACUGGAUGGAUUUAUUGCUGAAAAUCAAGAAUCUUCCUGUCAAACAGAUAUCAACAGUUUUGUGGGUCAAGAAAAAGUUAAUUUGGGCAACUCUAUUGCUGUUGUUAGUUUGAAUGUUAAAGAGGAAAGCAAGAACUUCACUGAUGUAUCUCCUGCAUCAGCUUUAAAGGCAGAAACACGUGCGGCACGGAAAGCCUCAGAGUGUCUGUCUCAUUCUUCUGCUCAACCUGUUGAGACUUCCUUGUCACUGAAAGAUACAUGUGAAACCGUGUCUGGAGUGAGAAAAGGGUGCACGGUAGCUGGAAAAGUUGCGAAGUACUCUAUCUCUUCCCCGCAGGAAUUGGAGAUAACUUCUCCUGAUGCAGUGGUUAGCAAGUCUUUGAGGAAGCCAAAAUCCAGCAAUGGGAAAGAGACACAUGAUUCCUUGAAAUCAUGUCUGUUUGUGAAAACUUCACGUGAAUCUUCUUUAUUGAAGAAGGGAAAACAGAGGAAUUAUGCUGUGAAUUCCAGACCAUCGCUUGAUGUGGACAAUAAAUUGCAAGUUCCACAACCUAAAUUGAAGAAACCUCCAGAUGGCUCCUUAUAUGGUCAUUUUGAAGCAGUUGAAGAGAAACUUAAUGAGUUGUUGGAUCAUGAUGGUGGAAUAAGCAAACGCAAGGAUGCGUCCAGGUGCUACUUGAAGCUCCUCCUCUUAACUGCUGCUUCAGGGGAUGGCUGUAAUGGUGAAGCUAUCCAGAGCAACCGGGACCUUUCUAUGAUCCUUGAUGCAAUCUUGAAAACAAAGUCACACACAGUUUUGAUGGAUAUUAUAAACAAAAAUGGGUUACAGAUGUUACACAACAUAAUGAAGCGAUACAGGAGGGAGUUCAAUAAGAUUCCAAUUCUCAGAAAGUUGCUGAAGGUCUUAGAGUAUCUAGCUGUAAGAGACAUCCUUUCUCCUGAGCACAUCAAAGGAGACACAUCCAGAGCUGGAGUUCAGAGCCUUAGGAGCUCAAUUUUUGGAUUGACAGAGCACGAAGACAAACAGGUUCAUCAAAUUGCAAGGAACUUUAGAGAUAGGUGGAUACUCAGACCUCUCAGGAAAAGAAGUUGCAUUGAUAGAGAUGAUUGCCGUAUCAACACACAUUCCAGGUCACAGUACAAUAGGUGUUUAGCAUCACAAAAUCAAUGGUGCGAUUUGGGUUGUAAACCAUCGGAAGGAGCAGAGUAUACCUGCCAUUCAACUGUUGCAUCUGUUCAAGCAGAUGCUGGUGGGCUUGAUGGUUCCUCUGUUUCAUGUUCUGAUAUUGGGGCAGCGUAUAGGGAAAAGAAACGUAACCGUAAAAGUCGAUGGGAUCAAGAGGCUGAAGCAAAGUCAGAUCCAAGAAAUGAGAGUGAUGUAGCUGAGGACCAGAAGCAGGUCCUAGAUGAUGAUGUUCCUCCUGGUUAUGAAUUUCCUCCUGGAUUUUCAGUCCCGGUUAAGGCUUGUAGUGUUUUAUCUGAUGAUUCUUCAACAGCUAUUUACAGUACCAAAGAAUGCAACACCGUAGAACAUCCACAGCCAGUUGUUAUGGGGUACUUGCAGCAGCGGUUCGUUUCACGGUUGCCUGUCUCUUAUGGAAUUCCAUUUUCCGAGGUGCAGCAAUUUGGGUCUCCUCAAAAAGGAAGAUUUGAUGCUUGGACUGUUGCCCCAGGAAUACCUUUCCAUCCCUUUCCUCCUUUACCUCCAUAUCCCUGUGAUAGAAGAGAUUUUGUGCCUACUGCUGCUAAUCUUGGGGUAACUAGUGAGCUGCCUCAAAAUGCUGGAGAAGAUUGGGGUACUUAUUCUCCUAGUCACUUAGCUCAAAAUUCUCCAAGCAUAUCUGGAGCAGACCAGCCUCAGGAUGGCAAUGGAAACCAACUUGGUUCUGAAAGAGUUAGUGACUCUCAUAACUUUGGAAGGAAAAACUUUAGGAAGCAAAAGUUUAAUAAUUCCAAGUUAAUACCUCCCUGGCUUCGGAUAAGAAGUGGCUGGGAAUACACAGGAAAUAACUUGAAUAAUAGCAUGUGCAUUGCAGGUAUAGCAAGCAGGGAAAAUGAGUUUAGGAGUACGCAUAGUUGGGUGGAGCAUAACCUUGGAAUGCAGAAUUUGGGUCAUGCUCUACGACCGAAUACUUUCCAAGGGUAUUAGAUUUACCUACCUUAUAUAGGCAAGUUCUCCGCAGCUUCUAGAUUUUUCUUCAGUGCCCCUUUCGCACUUGCAAUCUUCUGGCGCCCGCAGAAAAUGAAAAGCACCUUUUUAGUUUUGUAAAUUUGAUUCUUUCACAAUUAUUAGGUUUAGGACCAACGUUACUCUAAUUUAUUUGAUGUCAUACAUUGAUAGUGACCUUUCAAUGCCUCAAAGAGGUAAACUGCUCAAUUCUUUUGGUCAUUAAUUGAACAUUAAAAAAAUUGUCUGAUAAUAUAUUAUCUUGCUGGCCUCUGGAUGGUAUCAA